AUUCCCUCAACCCAUCCUACUCGUCGCAUCUGUAAAACCAUCCCAUUGAUCAUCAGAUAUGGAAAACACGUCGCCCGCGUCCAAUCGGUGCAGUUACGAGGACUAUGAGGCUACGGCCGACUGGCUGCGAUCCAAGACGGCGCAGCGUCCUAAAGUGGCCAUCAUCUGUGGCUCUGGGCUGGGCGGACUGGCAGAGCUGCUGCACAACAAGGUCGUCUUCCCCUACAAAGACAUCCCACUCUUCCCCCAAACCACCGUGGAGGGCCAUCAGGGUCAACUGGUGUUUGGGACCCUUGAGGGCCAACAGUGUGUCUGCAUGCAGGGGCGCUUCCACACCUACGAAGGCUAUGACCUAAAACAGGUGACGUACCCCGUGCGUGUGUUCUCGCUGCUCGGCGUGAAGACGCUGAUACUGACCAACGCGUCCGGGGGCCUCAACAGCAGCUACAAGGUGGGCGACAUCAUGCUGAUCAAGGACCAAAUCAACCUGCCGGGCCUGGUGGGGAACAACCCUCUGUGUGGCCCCAACGAAGACAGGUUUGGUGAGCGCUUCCUCUGCAUGUCUGACGCUUACGACCCUGACCUGAUCGCCUUGGCCCAGCAGACGGCCGAGGAGCAGGGCAUCGAGGAGUUCAUGCAGAAGGGGGUCUACUGCAUGGUGAGCGGCCCCACCUACGAGAGUGUCACAGAGGGGAGGGCUCUGCGGACCCUGGGAGCCGACACAGUGGGAAUGAGCACAGCGCUGGAGGUGGUGGUGGCCCGCCACUGUGGCCUGCGUGUCCUGGGCUUCUCACUCAUCACCAACAUGGUGGUGACUGAGUACGACAGCAAGCAGAGGGCCAACCACGCGGAGGUGCUGGAGACCACUCGCAUGCGCACCCAGGUCCUUGAAGGGCUUGUGACAAAAAUUGUAGCCAAGAUCCGGUAGGAUCUUGAAGAAGUGACCCCUGAUAGACUGGUAGCACAGUCCACAUGCACAAAUGUAUAAAGCUGCAGCUGAUGUUGUCUGAGUUUUGAAUUUGCUGCGCUCUGCAGCACACAGCCAAACCACUGCCAAAUGCACGUUGACCGAGGCUUUGGUGAAUUCACCUUAACCCGCGACCCCUCGUUUAGAUUGAAACCCCCGGUUUCAAUCUUAGUUUUGGUUCAGGCGGUAUCAAGGAUGUUGGAUUGAGUAUUUGAUCAUCACUUCUACAAAAAAUGUGAUUUUAAGUGGAGGGUAAAUGUGUAAUAUUAUUAUUUAAGUAAUUACAAUACAAGACUUCUUUGAAAUAUUCUCAUCGGCAGUCCGAAAAAGUGAAGCAGAAAGAAAACGUAGUUACUUAAACCAAUAAUCAAGGAAUAAUUAGGGAAUGAAUUAGUGUAAAUAAAGAUAAAGAUAUAUAUUUAUGUAUUUAAGUUGCCAAAUAUGUUAGCAACUAAAUAUGUUAAUAAAACCA